UUUCAUAAACCUAUUCAUAACAAAACAUGUUUUUUGUUCUAAAAAUAGGCAAAGUAAGAAAAAAGUUAUAGUGUAUGUUAAUUACUUAGUUUCAAGAUGAAACUUUACUCACUGUCAAGUGAACCAACAAAACCAUGUCUAGUUUUAACAUUCAAAGGAAUCACGUUAAUUUUGGACUGUGGUUUAAAUAUGCAGUCAGUAUUAAAUUUCAUGCCAAUGCCCAUGGUACCUAGUGCCCGGUUCAAUUCUCUACCUAAUUGGGUUCCACGUGAUAACUAUCAGGAUUGGAAAAUCGAAGGGGAGUUGAAAGAAUGUUGUGGCAGACUAUUUGUCGACUCGACUCCAGAGUUCUGCCCACCAUUGGAGAAAAUCACAGACUUUUCAGAAAUAGAUGCAAUUCUGAUAUCAAACUACACGUGUAUGCUGGCACUUCCUUUCAUAACAGAAGGCACUGGUUUCAAAGGUGUGAUCUAUGCAACGGAUCCAACGUUACAAAUUGGAAGAAUUUUAAUGGAAGAACUAGUUGAGUACAUUGAAAAAACUCCAAGGGACACCUUGGCCAAGCACUGGAAGGAGAUGCUCCAUGUAUUGCCACAGCCCCUAUCAGAUGCUCACAAACCUAAGUCUUGGAAACAAUUAUAUUCCAUGGCGGCAGUGAAUUCUGCACUUGCUAACAUCCAUUUAGUUGGCUAUGAUCAAAAGAUUGAUAUUUAUGGCGCUCUAUCUGUGACUCCUAUCAGCUCAGGAUACUGUUUGGGCAGCAGUAAUUGGCUCAUAUCCAGUGAUCACGAGAAAGUUGCCUACGUCAGCGGAUCAUCAACAUUGACCACACAUCCCAGGCCUAUGGAACAGACGGCUCUGAAAAAUGCAAACCUGUUGAUUCUCACUGGUUUAGCACAAAUGCCUACUGCCAAUCCAGAUACUAUGCUUGGAGAACUGUGCAUGACAGCUGCUACAACUUUACGUGUUGGAGGCUGUGUUCUUAUUCCUUGUUAUCCUUCAGGCGUUGUUUACGAUCUCUUUGAAUGUCUUAGCUCUCAUCUAGACAAAUCGGGCUUGACCCAGGUACCACUCUACUUUAUAUCCCCGGUUGCGAAAACGUCGCUUGCCUAUUCCAAUAUUCUAGCUGAAUGGCUGUCGACGGGGAAACAGAACAAAGUAUAUCUUCCAGAAGAACCUUUUCCACACGCAUCGUUAGUUGAAAACAGAAGGUUGCUGUACUAUCCAUCCGUGUAUGCUGAUCGUUUUAGUACAGAAUACAAGCAGCCGUGCGUUGUCUUUUGUGGGCAUCCCAGUCUGAGGUUUGGUGAUGCUGUGCAUUUUGUACAAAUGUGGGGCCAUCAGCCUCAAAAUACAAUUAUUUUUACAGAACCCGAUUUUUCCCAUCACGAAGCACUGGCGCCUUUCCAACCACUGGCCAUGAAAGCUGUCCAUUGUCCGAUCGACACUUCAUUAAAUUUCACCCAAGCUAACAAAUUGAUUAGAGAUUUGAAACCAGAUAAUCUUGUAAUACCUCAUACAUACAUUCAACCACCAGUGACAGCUCCACACAGAACAGAUCUUGUAAUUGAGCCAGUUGGGGAGAAGCCAUUAAUUCUGUUUAAACGAAGCGAGGUCAUUAAAUUACCAAUGAAACGAAAGAGAGGUCGUGUUUUUAUUGAGCCAACACUGGCAGGAAACAUAGUACCAAGUGAGAUCAGACCCGGUUUGAGUUUAGCUUCUCUAAACGGCGAACUUGAAAUUAAGGACAAUGUAUACACGAUAAAGCAUAUCGAGAGUAGGGCGGAAAAGAAACGAAAAGCUUCAUCAAACAACUCGUUGGCUCCACUGCAAGAAGAUGUUAUUAAAGAACGAAAAUACGAGUAUGGAAACUUGGAUCCUCAAGAGUUGCUUCAGAAACUUGACCAAGAAGGUAUUACAGGUGCACGAUUGCAACAGAAUCCUUUAACGAUCAGUAUUCACUUGCCGGAUGAUACCGUGAUCCAGAUCAGUGACAACUGGACGCACAUAAUAUGUAAUAGUGAUCAAAAAUUGAGACGACGAUUGAGGAACUUAGUUUUACAGUGCCUUAAACGAUUUUGAAUGACCAUUGAUUACUAUAAAAAUAAUUCUAAGACAAAGAUGUUUAUU